GAGCCCCCCCAGCGAUCCCCUGCUGCAGCCCUAUUUCCCCUCCCGGCACGGCCCUCGGCACCCCCACAGGCACGUCAGGGACUGCCAGCCUGUCAGGUACGGCAAUGUAACGCACGAAGCUUGGCCCAGCGACAACACGACGGGCGGACCGGUGGCUACCACCAGAACGUUUGUUUCUUACAUCCCCCCGGGGGGCGAGGACCAUAGAGCUGUCUACGGCCACUUCACCUUUGUGAGGAACCCCCUGAGGACCGUCUCCGUGCUAGAGCCAGGUGGCACAGGAGGCUGCCAGGCUCACCGCAGAGCUCCCGUGGAAGAGACCGCAAAGCUCAGGAAGUGCCUGGUGGCCCAGAACGGUGGGUACUUCGACAUGGAAACCGGAGAGUGCCUUGGGAACGUUGUGAGUGAUGGAAAGCUGGUGAGAAAUUCUGGAGGCCUGCAAAACGCUCAGUUCGGCAUCCGGAAGGAUGGCACGAUGGUGUUUGGUUACCUGUCUGAGGAAGAUGUCUUGGAUCAAGCAAACCCUUUUGUGCAGCUUGUGAGCGGGGUAGUUUGGCUCCUCAGAGAUGGAGAAGUGUACGUCAGUCAGAGUCAAAUAGCUGAGUGUGAUGAAAUUCAAACCACAGGAACCUUCGAGAAGUUCAUCAAUGUGAUAUCAGCCAGGACUGCAGUUGGACACGACAGUCAGGGGCAGCUGGUCCUGGUUCACGUGGAUGGACAGACUGAAUCCAGAGGGGUCAACCUCUGGGAAAUGGCUGAAUUUCUGAAGGAGCAGGGAAUCAUCAAUGCUAUCAACCUGGAUGGUGGAGGGUCUGCAACGCUGGUCUUAAACGGGACACUCGCAAGCUACCCAUCUGAGCACUGCUCCUUUGACAACAUGUGGCGGUGCCCUCGGAGCAUCUCCACCAUCGUGUGCAUCCACGAGCCUGCCUGCGAGCCUGCAGACUGCAGCGGUCACGGGAACUGUGUGGAAGGGGAGUGCCACUGCGCUGGGGACUUCUGGAGAGGCCCUGCCUGCGACAUCUUGGACUGUGGCCCUUCCAAUUGCAGCCUGCAUGGCACCUGCACCGACGCUGGAUGCCUGUGUGAUGCUGGCUGGAUUGGCAGCAACUGCAGUGAAGCUUGUCCCAGUGGUUUCUAUGGGGAUGCUUGUACCCAGAAAUGCCAGUGCCAGAAUGGUGGCUCCUGUGACCCCGUGCAUGGAGCCUGCUCCUGCCUGCCUGGGUACUAUAGCACCCACUGUAAGCAAGAGUGUCCCAUGGGCUGGUACGGGCCAAACUGCCAGGAGCAAUGUGCAUGUGAACAUACGUGUCCCUGUGACCGGGAGACGGGCAGCUGCAACAUCACCUAUGAUUUGGCAGUACAGGACCAGUUAAACAAAGCUGGGCGAUGUUUGGCUUCCCAGAAUAAGGAAAGGAGCAAGGAAAAGUUCUCUCUGCCAGAAAAAACCUGGAUCUCUGUGACCUCCGUCUUGGCUCUGCUUCUGGGGAUCAGCGCCAUGGGAAACGUAGGCCUUUUCCUCAAGGCCAGGGCAGCGAGGCACAGUAAGAGCGGUGACUAUUUCUACCACCCACUGCAGGAGAUCAACGGGGAAGCCAGUCACACCUCCACAUCUGCUGCCUGCGAGACAGAAGACACUCAGGACCAAACUCCACUCCUUUAG